AGGAGAACAUGACUGGAUCCUGGAGACUAUUCCUGCUCUGUUGUCUCCUGCAAGGUGAUGGUUGCAGCUCUGCUGAAUUUGGGGCCCUAGUGCCGAAAAGAGUGACGACACUCAGUGGAUCCUGUGUUACCGUUCCUUGUUCCUUCACCGUGAGGGACGGGUAUGAAGACAGGCUACAUCCUGGAUGUAUACCAACAUGGAAAAAAGAUAAAAUACCUAUCAGUACUACAACAUUCAGGGGAAAUCUAACAGCGUACAACUGUACUACAACAUUCAAUAACGUUCUUGAAGACAAUGUUCAAUAUUAUUUUAGAAUUGACUGUGGAGAGCCAUUAAAAUAUGAUUUUUCAAAAUACCCAGUGACCAUCCAGAUCAAGGGGCUCCCUGAUGCACCUCGUUUGACCACCCCCAAGGAGCCGGUGGUGGAGGGGACUCCUGUGGAGCUGGGGUGCUCUGCCCCGUCCUACUGUGACACCCACCCCCCCACUGUGACCUGGACCCCCGCCCUGGGGCUCAGCACCCAGCUCCAGCAGAACGAUAACGUGACCUCCACUCUGACCUUCAACGCCUCCCACCUCCACCAUGGAACCAAUGUCUCCUGCACUGCGGCCUACUACAUACCAUCUGGGAACAAAACUGUGAGGUCUACAAGAUACCAACUCAGUAUCUCAUAUGCCCCCAGGAACACCUCUGCUGUCGGCAGCCCGUGUCUUCCAGCCAGAGAGGGAGGCUGCCUCAACAUGACCUGCACCAGUCAUGCUAACCCUGCUGUCAGCGAGUUCACCUGGUACCGAAUACACGGAGAACACAUCCAUAAGAUCGGGAGUGGAUCUUCUCUGUCCAUCCAGCUGUUUAACGCCAAUAACGUUUUCUUCUGUGAGGUCAGGAAUGACAUUGGCACUGAAAUGUCUAAUGUCUUCAAGAUCGACAUUCAAGCUCCUCCCAGGAUCCUGCCCUCUUCAGGCUGCAGCAGAAUUGCAGCCUGGGUGCGAUGUUCCUGCGACAGCGUGGGCAGACCAUCACCGUCUCUGGAGUGGUGGUUGGAUGGGAAACUGGUGUUGGGUUCUGAAGACGUGUCUGUUAGCCAGGUCAACCUGGAGAACGCCACGUUGAGGAGCUCCCUCACAAUGUGGGCCCCUGCUGGUCUGACAGCCUUGACCUGCCACAGCUCCAACGCUGCCGGGAACACCAGCCAGGAGCUUCCUGUCCCCCACCUGGAGACACAGCCAAUCCUGACAGACCGACUGCCCUGGAUAGCUGCUACUGCAGUGCUAGCCGUGGGUUUGCUGUUUGCAACAGUGUGUGCCUUAAGAGCUUGGAAAAUGGCCAACCAAACAAGACUCAGCAACAAUGCUCUAAUCAACCAAGCUCAAUCCCACCAAGAGAACACCCAGGACAUCUAUGCUAACAUUGAUAAGCUGAUGAACACGGUCGGACCGAGAGAGGAGCCUGUUGGAGCAGGAGAAGGGGCUGCUGGACUGGGAGAAGGGGCUGUUGGACUGGGAGUAGGGGCUGUUGGACUGGGAGAAGGGGCUGUUGGACCGAGGGAGGAGGCUGUAACAGCAGCAGGUUCCUCAGCCUUGACCCAACGGGAUUCAGAGGAAGCAGCAGACCCAGCAGCAGACAGGCAGGUGGCGGACUGUGAUGUCCUGUACACGACAGUGAACUGGAAGAAGAAGUCCAAGAAAAAAGACAUCUGAGCUCCUGGGGCAGAGCCCCCCUGGGGCCCAGGGCCCUAGAGGCCCCUACACUUCCUCUGGGGUGGAUGAGGGAUGAGCUAAGGGCCGGAGGGAUGAGUUAAGGGCCGGAGGGAUGAGUUAAGGGCUACAUUGAUGGGUAAAGGCUAGAGGGUUGAGUUAAGGGCUACAUUGAUGAGUUAAGGCAAGAGGGAUGAGUUAAGGGCUACAUUGAUGGGUAAAGGCUAGAGGGAUGAGUUAAGGGCUACAUUGAUGGGUAAAGGCUAGAGGGAUGAGUUAAGGGCUACAUUGAUGAGUUAAGGGCUAGAGGGAUGAGUACGGGGCUAGACCAGGGGCCGUAUUCCCAAAGAAUCUUAGGGUUAAAAGUUGCUCACAAUUGGCUGAUUUAGGAGAAACCCCUAAAAAUAAUGAGCGUGUCAGUCUUAAUUUUUGGUCUCCUAAUUGAUUUAAAUUAGAGCAAUUCACAAAGUAUUUUAGGCCCAAAAGUAACACCUCAAGUCUAGGAGGGCUUAAAAGUCCUAGAGAGGACUCCUAACUAAGACCUAUUCACAAAGAAUCUGAAAAUGGCUGCAGCGAGACGAAAAGUUUUGGAGACAAUGGAAGACUGCGAAUUGAUAUAUAGAUAUAGGAGUAAGGGUAUCAAACUUUGUGGUUGAAUUUGUGAAUAACACCUUGAUAUUUAGCAACAGGGAAAAUGCAACUUUGCAAUGCUGACGAUUUAGGAAUAUCGCUGUUAAGGGAAAUGUAUAAAUAUGUCGUCAGUUGUUUUAUAUAUAUAUAUAUA